CUGUAACAUGGGACCUUUUAAUGAUAAGAAGAUAUAACUGAUUUUAAGAAGAACUGUUCAUCACAUCAGAGGUGUCAUAUUCUUAGACUUGCUGUAAGUUCUCCAAAACUAUGGCGAGAGCUAUAAGUAUAAUUUACAGUCUGUUUUACGUCAUAGUGCUUUCAUCAGGUCAAAAUCCAUGCCUCAAACGGGAUUACGGUCAAGGAAGUGUUGUCUGUGUCUGUAACACUACUUAUUGUGAUACAGUUGACUAUAUCGAUAAAUUAUCUCCCGGAAAAGUACAGGUGUUUGAGAGUAGUAAAGAAGGCUUAAGACUUCAGAAGAAGGCUUUAAACUUUAGUCCUAAGCCUAGAAACCAAUCAAGAAAUGGACAGAAAUGGGUUUCAGCUUCAGUGAACAGGGACCAACGUUUUCAAGAAAUCUUGGGUUUUGGAGGUUGUUUCACGGACACGUCUGUACUUAAUAUUGGAAAUCUUCCUACAAAUAUGCAGAAAAUGCUUCUGAAGUCCUACUACAGUCCUGAGGGUAAGUUUAGCCUUUUGGUCUCUUUGUGCUUUGAGAAGCUUGGACUUGUUGAU